AAUGAACAUUUUGCGCAUGAGCAACGGGGCCAGCAACGAAAACUUCCUGCAAAAUAGUGCUCCCUAUCAACAGACAAAGCUUUUACACAUUGGAUUCAAUUGGCGACGCUUAAAUUUAAGCGUUGUGACUUCACUCCUUCAAUGGGUCCGGACAGACUCCCCAGGCCCAGAGAGUAGGCUGUGACAGCGUGCCGUCAUGUCGGGUCGCUCUGCCGCAGAGAUGGAUGACUCGCAGGAGCUGCCGGCAAAGAAAGCAAAGAUUGACUUGGACCAAGGACUGGAAAAAGACCAAAGUAAUUUGGGUGAUGAUGGAAGCCCUGACGCUGUGUUGGCUCCAUCAGAGCAGGCAAGCUCUUACACUGCCCUGUCCAUCUCCCAACUUGACACAGGGGAUCAGGAGCAGUCUGAGGCAGAGAGAGGGGCAGCGCCUCCGACAUGUGGCGACUCCUUGAACUCGUAUUCACAUUCUGCCACAGACACAACGGCAGCCUCUGAAUACACGCAGCAAGUCUAUGAAGGAAGCAACUCUGUGGUGACGUCAUACCCCAGCCAGGUGGCCUUCUCUCCGCUGGCCCAGUCCACUGUAUACUCAUCUUUCCCCCAGACAGGCCAAACAUAUGGCCUCCCUCCCUUUGGUGCUAUGUGGCCAGGCAUAAAAACAGAGACAGGUCUGCCAGAGGCGCCCUCUGGUGGCCAGCCUGGGUUUCUCAGCUUCAGCACCACAUACACCUCAAGCCAACCAAGCCAGCUGCACUACUCAUACCCCAGCCAAGGCUCAAGUUUCACAACAUCAAGUGUGUAUUCUAACAUCCCAUCAGCGACAGCUGCAACAACAGCAUCCACCACAGUGGCGCUCCAGGAAUUCAGCUACAACUCUCUGGGACAGAGCCAGUUCUCACAGUACUACAGCCUGCCUCCCAGUUACGUGCCCGCUGGCCUUCCCAGCACUGACGACCACAGCGCCACUGUGGGAGGGGCUGUGUACUCUUCAGUUAAGUCAGAGGAGGCCGCCUCAGCCGGACUGCCCCCCAGAGAUGCAUCCCCACCAGAGAACCUGCCAGCAGGCGCGGCUUUACCCACCAGCGUGGCUCAUCCUGCUGGAGCUAGAGACCAAGAUGACGUUGGACGCAGGAACUCUGUGGGGAAAGCUAAAGGAAAGGGCAAAAAGUGCGACAGCUCCCCACCUACUGAUACCGACCUGGAGCGCAUCUUUCUAUGGGAUCUGGACGAGACCAUUAUUAUAUUCCACUCACUACUCACAGGCUCCUUUGCGCAAAAGUUUGGCAAGGAGCCAGCAACCAUGCUGAACUUGGGCUUGCAGAUGGAAGAGUUUAUCUUUGAGCUGGCCGACAACCAUCUUUUCUUCAACGACCUGGAGGAAUGUGACCAAGUCCAUGUUGAGGAUGUGGCCUCUGAUGACAAUGGGCAAGAUCUAAGUAAUUACAACUUCUUGGCGGAUGGAUUUAAUGGCCCCAGUGGUGGAGGGGCAGCAGGAGCCACGACAGGCGUCCAGGGAGGCGUGGAGUGGAUGCGCAAACUGGCUUUUCGCUACCGCCGCCUAAAAGAGAUUUACAAUAGCUACAAGGGCAAUGUGGGAGGCCUGUUGAGUCCCAUGAAGCGGGAGCUGCUUUUACGACUGCAGUCUGAUAUCGAAAACGUUACAGACUCGUGGCUUAACACUGCGCUCAAGUCUCUGCUGCUCAUCCAGUCCAGGGGAAAGUGUAUUAAUGUCUUGGUCACGACCACUCAGCUGGUUCCAGCUCUGGCUAAAGUGCUGCUCUACGGUCUGGGAAACGUCUUCCCUAUAGAGAACAUCUACAGCGCCACAAAAAUAGGUAAAGAAAGUUGCUUCGAGAGGAUCGUCUCUCGCUUUGGGAAGAAAGUGACGUAUGUUGUCAUAGGGGACGGACGUGAUGAGGAGUUUGCAGCGAAACAGCACAACAUGCCUUUCUGGCGGAUCUCCACUCAUGGCGACCUUGUGUCCCUGCACCAAGCUCUGGAACUGGACUUCUUGUAAAGAAGGAGGAGGAGUGGGGCGGCGGCACAUUAAAUGGGGCAAAAAAUGUAGUUAGCAGUCAUCGUUUGUGGAGGGACACCGAUCAACGCUGCUCACACGCAUUUUGACUUGACACGUGUGAGCUGACUGAUGGUUAAAUGUACUGAGGGAGCCGACAGGCUUGGGUGACCGGUCGGCCGCUUUAAACAUCCUCAUGCCCAGCACUCCCUGUUCUUUGGCAGCUACUCUCGCCACAGAUAAAACUGGUACUCCUUUAGGACAAAGAAAAGAAGACAUUGUUGUUUUAAGGAAACACCUCCCACCUCCUCAUUUAAAAUUACCAAAGGGCCUUCACUUAAUGUGCGCAGGUUUUGUUUUUCCAUCCCAAAAAAAAAAAAAAAACUGUAUUUCUGGGCUGAUUUGCACUCGUUCUGUUUGCACUCAUCUUGCCGACAUUCAUCAAGUAGCUUGUUCAUUUGAAAUGAGGAACUCCCUGACGUAACCUCAGACAACCGCUGGGACUUCCGCUGUGUUGUGUUGUGAAAAUCCGAGCAGCUGCUAGCAAACAAGCUGGACUGGAAGUAAUUUGUACUUAUUUUCUGCCCCAUUGCUCAUAGUAUUAGUCAUUAAGGAAGGUUUUGGCCGGAUAGGCAUAAGUGUUUUAUGCUUUAAGAGUAGAAAAAAAAUAUGGUUUCCCCACAAUCAAAUAUUCAUCUGUUGGCCCUUUUGCUUCCUUAUAGCACAAGCCCAAGUGUCCUUCACGUGUAAUAAUAGAAUUAUUUGUUGGCCAUUUGUGUAGGGAAGAAUGUGACCCUUGUAAAUAUUUGUUGUUUUUUUCUUUUAAUAAUCCCUCAGUCUGACACCAUUCGCAUUCAAAAAGACACUUUUUCUCUUCUGGCCACUCUUUUUAUAAAUUGCUGGACAUUCAACCCUCCCACACAACAAUUCAGUACCGUUUGACAAAUCGCCUCAUGAAUAACAAAUCUUUAGCAAGUCACAGGAUUAUAUUUAUUCCUCCAAAAUACUAACUGAAUGCAAAUGAAUGUCAAAGUUUUUUGCUCACCAAAAAGAAAAGUAAAUGUCAUUUGAUUUUGGAAACCCAAAGCUGAAACAGGAUUGGAAUUUGUCUUUGGACUUUUGGUACAUAACUUAAAGGGCAGGGGUGUCCAAAAUGUAGUCCGGGGGGUCAUUCUAAAAAUACACUUGAUACCUUUUUGUUUUCAAAAGGUUCAACGAAAACAUAGGAAAUAAUGUAAAUCCACUUAAUCUGUUCCAGACACCCAAAAAUAUUACCUGAAAAAUGCAUUAUAUAGAGAAUAAUUAUAGUUCAAUUCUGAAAAAGAAGCAGCAUAAUUAUAAAUGACAAAUGGUUGGAACUUAAUGUGGAUGCAAACUUCCCGUACAUUUUGGCGAGAUGGAACUGUUUUACCUUUUUCAUGAAAUUGCUGACACUCGCACACUUUCUUUGGCCCCAUGGCAGGUUAUGUUCACAAAAUGAUACAGUACAGGACAGACGGACUAGUUUUUUUUACAUGCAAUAUUGAACGAAAAGCCGAGACUGUACGAGAACAGAGGUAAAUUUUUUGAUGAAAAUUGGGGCAUCCGAGAACUGAAGUUUGACUGUACAAACCCCAAAAAAUGGCAAUGGCACAGGGAGAAAAAGUCGAUGUUAAGACUAAGCUGACAUGCGGGCAGUUUUUUUUUUUUCUUUAAAUAAAAAAUAACUUCAGCAUAUUGAAUUGGUUUUAGCCGUUUUUUCUCUUUUUUUUGGACCCGAAACCUUUGAUUUUUCAGUACCCGGUCCUCGUUGCAGUUUGGACACCCCUGCCAUACGGGAUUAAAGCGGUACAAAACGAGUGCAAUACAUCCGUUGAUUUGCUUCUUAACUGUAGUUGAAAAAUAAAAAGGGUCAACCUUGUUGUGAUGACUGAACAAUUCUGAGCCUGAAGAUUUCAUCUUUACACAUUUGCAGCUUUUUGGACCGUUACGAAUGUUUAUUUGUAUGCAUUUGUUUUUGUGUGACGUUUGCUUAUUGCAUAUUUAUAUUGUGCCUUUAACCAUCUGUAUGCAUAAUCUAAAAGGGAAAUGUGCACAAUUUCUUUGUUAAGUACUCGUAUUAUGUUAUCCUAAAAUGUAAUAUUCCUCCUUUUUAACACCGUUUUCUUUCUCCUGAGAUAUCUUAAAAUUCUGUCCUGUAUUUGAAAGAACUUUGUGUUGUUGGAAAAGGAUGUUGUCACUUUGCUCUGUGUUAAGAUGUCAGCAGUGGCGAUCCCGUUUUGUUUUAAAUAUACUCAAGAAAUGAUGUGUGCUCUGUAUUACUGUUGAAAAGAUUCACUUGCUUCUAAUUAGUUGCUGCGACUUCGUACUCGCUUGGAGACAAUCAGUAGGUAAUACAUGGUAUUACUGGCACGGAUUACUAAAAGUCAUCAAAGGAGUUAAACAAGGCAUUUGUCUUUCUUCAUUUUCUGUAUCAUCUUGGCUGAUGUUACGCAUCCUCACGUUGAUUUCUAAUGAGUCGGCAUGUCAAGUCUGUUUUACCGUAAACAAUUGAGAUUCCCAAAAGGUGGUAAUAACUUUGUGUUUUGUCGUCUCGUGGUAACCUGUGAGGGUCUCUUUAGACCGCUGUAGCAGUUUUGGGACAUUGACGCAUCCUUCCAAGGAGUUCUUGUGCACCGAUGAUAAUAAGGCAGUACAUUGACCAGCGUCUUUGCAUAUUUCUUCAUAGGUGACGAUACACCGUACCUGCAAUCUAGUUUUUAUUACAUUUUAACAAGUCUUAGAAAUUAUAAAACGUGUUUAUUUCAAUGUAUAAUUCAAUUGCAGCGACCCGUCCAGGGCGUGCUUGCCUCUUGCCCAAAGUCAGCUGGGAUAGGCUCCAGCUUACCCGUGACCCUAAUAAGUAGAAGCACUAUACAAAAUGGAUGGAUGGAAUUCAAAAGAAAAAAAAUCCAAACCUAUAUGGCUCUGUGCGGUAAAGUGAGAGAAAACGUAAUUGAGAUCUAUCAGUCUGGAAAAGGUUAUAAAGCCAUUUCUAAAGCUUUGGGACUCCAGCAAACCACAGUGAGAGCCAUUAUCCACAAAUGGCGAAAACAUGGAACAGUGGUGAGCCUUCCCAAGAGUAGCCGGCCAACCAAAAAUGACCCCAAGAGCGCCGCGACCACUCUUCCAAGAGGUCACAAAAGACCCCACAACAACAUCCGAAGAACUGCAGGCCUCACUUGCCUCAGUAAAGGUCAGUGUUUGUGACUCCACCAUAAGAAAGACACUCAGCAAAAAACAGGCUGCAUGGCAGAGUUUGAAGACCAAAACCAAGACCAAACUGCUGAAGAAAAAGAAAAUUAAGGCUCAUCUCAAUUUUGCCAGAAAACAUCUUGAUACCCAAAACCUUUGGGAAAAUACUCUGUGGUCUGACGAGACAACAGAUUAAGUUUUUGGGAAAGUGCAUGUCCCAUUAGAUCUGCCGUAAAAGUAACGGUGCAUUUAAAAAAAAAAAAAAUCCUACCAACAGUAACAUAUGGUGGUGGUAGUGUGAUGGUCUGGGGCUGUUUUGCUGCUUCAGGACCUGGAAGACUUGCUGCGAUAAAUGGAACCAUGAAUUCUGCUGUCUACCAAAAUAUCCGGAAGGAGAAUGUCCGGCCAUCUGUUUUGUGACCUCAAGCUGAAAGGAACUUGGGUUCUGCAGCAGGACAAUGAUCCAAAACACACCAGCAAGUCCACCUCUGAAUGGCUGAAGAAAAACAAAAUGAAGACUUUGGAGUGGCCUAGUCAAAGUCCUGAACUGAAUACUGUUGAGAUGCUGUGGCAUGACCUUAAAAAGGCGCUUCAUGCUGGAAAACCCUCCAAUGUGGCUGAAUUACAACAAUUCUGCAAAGAUGAGUGGGCCAAAGUUCCCCCACAGCGCUGUAAGAGACUCACUGCAAGUUAUCACAAACACUUGAUUGCAGUUGUUGCUGCUAAGGGUGGCCCAACCAGUUAUUAGGUUUAGGGGGCAAUCACUUUUUCACACAGGGCCACGUAGCUUUGGAUUUUUUUUUUCCCUCCCUUUAUAAUAAAAAGUUUCAUUUAAAAACUGCAUUUUGUGUUCAGUUGUGUUGUCAUUGACUCAGAUUUAAAUUUGUUUGAUCUGAAGUGUGACAAACAUGCAAAGGAAUAAGAAAUCAGGAAGGGGACACUUUUCCACACCACUGUAUGAGUAUUUUACUAGGAGCAUCUUAUUUCUUCAUUGACUACAACACACAUGAACAGCAAGUGUAUCCAUUUAUUUCAAUGUAUGAAUAAUACAACUGCAUUA